UCCUCUCUCCCCUCCCCCCCCCCCCCCCCCCCCCCUCUCCCCCGGGCCGCCGCCGCCGCCGCCGAACCCUAUUCCAAAUUCACCACUUAGUCUCUCCGAACACAUUCCAAUCUUCCUGUUCACGUUCAACUCUCUAUUCGUUUUUCUUGUCCGGCUAUUUCUGCAUCUAGGUAUCACUCCAUCCCCACCGCCGCUGCCGAACCCUAGCCCGAAUUCGCCACCUCGUCUGUCCGAACGCAUUCCAAUCUUCAGCAUCUUGAAGACAUCUAAGAGCUUUUCUUGUUAGAUUCUUCUGUUACUUUAUCGGUUCUAACUGGAAUUCGUGGGUAGAACUCCAGCGAAUCACAAGAAUGGCGGCUUCUACAACGAGCGCUGUCUACAUCCACGUGAUCGAAGAUGUCAUCAACAAGGUUCGAGAGGAGUUCGUCAACAACGGCGGUCCCGGCGAGGGUGUGCUCAGCGAGCUUCAAGCCAUAUGGGAAUUGAAGAUGAUGCAAGCUGGUGUUAUAGUGGGUCCAAUAGAUAGGUCCGCAGCAGCAAGGCAGGCGACAGGGGGCGCUGUAGCCCCUGUUCAUGAUCUUAAUGUGCCUUACGAAGGAUCUGAGGAGUAUGAAACUCCCACGGCUGAGAUGCUGUUUCCUCCAACGCCAUUGCAAACUCCAAUGCCGACGCCUCUCCCUGGAACUGCACAAACACCUUUGCCAGGAACCGCCCAAACACCUCUUCCUGGAACUGUCCAAACACCACCUCCUGGAACUGCAGACAGUUCAAUGUAUAACAUUCCUACUGGUGGCACUCCCAUCACACCUAAUGACUAUCCAGCUGUAAACGAUCAGGGUGGUGUCACUGAGAUGAAACCUGGGAGGCCUAACCCAUAUAUGCAACCUUCCUCUGCUUGGAUGAAUGAAAGGUCCCCUCCUUUAGGUGUUGAUGUUAAUGUUGCUUAUGUGGAAGGGCGGGAAGAGUUGGACAGGGGAACAUCUCGUCAACCCAUGACGCAGGACUUCUUCAUGAUGUCAUCUGGAAAGCGAAAACGUGAAGAUUUUGCUUCACAGUAUCGUGGCAGUGGCUUCAUACCACAGCAGGAUGGAGCUGCGGAUACCAUGUCUGACAAAUUUCAGGUUACUCAAGGGGGCUAUACCGAUCAUGAUCUUGUUACUGCUGCAAAUGGAGAGGUAUUCACACUAAGGGCAAGGCUGUCUUCAAGGAUUUCCCAAUUGGAUGGACCAAUAUCUGAUCCUUAUGAUGAUGAGCUUUCUACACCAAAUAUAUACAAUUACCAAGGAGUUGUCAACGAAGACUACAAUGUAGCUAGUACACCAGCACCAAAUGAUCAUGUAGCUACUCCUGCUAUCAUCACUCAGAAUAAUGAUGUUGGUGUUGAUGAUGAUGAUGAUGAGCCCUUGAAUGAAAAUGAUGAUGAUGAUGAUUUGGAUGACGUGGACCAAGGGGAGGAGCUAAACACACAGCACUUAGUUUUGGCUCAGUUUGACAAGGUUACUCGGACCAAGAGCAGGUGGAAAUGCACCCUAAAGGAUGGCAUCAUGCACAUAAACAACAAAGACAUUCUCUUUAAUAAGGCAACUGGAGAAUUUGAUUUCUGAUUUGUAAUAAAGAUCUCAUCAGCCGACAAACCAAAUCUGAUGCCUCGGUCAUUUCAUAAUAUUUUAUUUUUUGUCGUAAAUUAUUUAUCACGAAUUGGGGUUGGAGUAAGAGAAUGAGAUGCUUGGUGUGUGUUGGGGGUGCUCUGAUGAUUGGCCCCUUGUAUAUAAAAGGGGGGAGCCGUUUUGGCCCGAAAUGGAUGGUUGCUAUGUGUAAUUCCAGUGACCAUAUGGGUGAAUUUUUGUGAACUUAA